AUGAGUAUCGACGACGAAACGCUGGCGGUUCGAGGUCUGGGUCGCUCCAUGGGUAUCUACAAGGGGACAGGCCGUAUGACCUCGGAACAAGCUCUAUUUAGAGCUGUCAUAUCAGAAGGAUGGACCUCAUAUUGA